ACUGGCUGCCCACUGAAAUCCCUCUUCUUCUUUCCUGCAUGUGUUUUUUUUAGUUUGUUUUUGGAGGGUGGGAAGGCGAGGAAGAGACAACAAGACUUCCCCCCACCCCCUCCCCAAUAAACCGAGUCGACACCGGAACAGGCGGUGAAGAAAUCUAAGAAGGCAUCAAAAGCCAGCCGGCUGCCCGUCUGCUACGAUAUCCUCACCCUGAACCAGAUGAUGCCAGGGGAGACUUCCAGCAGCAGCAGCACCAGCAGCAGCAAGAGAGCACCGGCCAACAGCUGCCCCGGCUCCAACUAUCAGCAAAACCUCAACAAUAACAACACCAUCCAGGCUGGUAACUGGCAGGGAUUGUACCCCACUAUCCGAGAGAGAAAUGCCGUGAUGUUUAACAAUGACCUGAUGGCGGAUGUUCACUUUGUUGUGGGACCACAAGGAGGAUCCCAGCGGUUGCCUGGGCACAAGUAUGUCCUGGCCGUGGGCAGCUCAGUAUUUCACGCGAUGUUUUACGGGGAAUUGGCGGAAGACAAGGAUGAAAUUCGAAUUCCUGAUGUCGAACCAUGUGCUUUCCUCGCCAUGCUGAAGUACAUCUACUGCGAUGAGAUUGAGUUGGCGGCAGACACCGUCCUGGCCACCCUGUACGCGGCGAAGAAAUACAUCGUGCCCCACCUGGCCCGGGCCUGCGUCAACUUCCUGGAGACCAGCCUGAGCGCUAAGAACGCCUGCGUGCUGCUGUCCCAGAGCUGCCUGUUCGAGGAGCCCGAACUGACCCAGAGGUGCUGGGAGGUCAUCGACGCCCAGGCGGAGCUGGCCCUGAAGUCCGAGGGCUUCUGCGACAUCGACUACCAGACCCUGCAGAGCAUCCUGAACCGAGAGACCCUCAACGCCAAGGAGAUUGUCCUGUUCGAGGCUGUGCUGAACUGGGCCGAGGUGGAGUGCCAGCGGCGGGAGCUCUCCGCCAACAUCGAGAACAAGCGCAAGGUGCUGGGGAAGGCGCUCUACCAGAUCCGCAUCCCCGCCAUGUCCCUGGACGAUUUUGCCAACGGUGCCGCCCAGUCCGGCGUGCUGACCCUCCACGAGACCAAUGACAUCUUCCUCUGGUACACGGCGGCCAAGAAGCCUGACCUGGAGUUUGUCUCCAGGCCCCGAAAGGGCCUGGCCCCUCAGCGCUGCCACCGUUUCCAGUCCUGCGCCUACCGCAGCAACCAGUGGCGUUACCGGGGGCGCUGCGACAGCAUCCAGUUUGCGGUGGACCGGCGGGUGUUUGUGGCAGGCUUCGGCCUGUACGGUUCGAGCUGUGGGGCGGCGGAGUACAGCGUCACCCUGGAACUGAAGAGGCAGGGUGUCCUGCUGGGCCAGAACUUCACCAAGUUCUACUCGGACGGCUCCAGCCACACCUUCCCGGUGUGGUUCGAUCACCCCGUGCAAAUUGAGCCUGACACCUUCUACACGGCCAGCGUGGUCCUGGACGGCAACGAGCUCAGCUACUUUGGGCAGGAGGGCCUGACCGAGGUGCAGUGCGGCAAAGUCUCCUUCCAGUUCCAGUGCUCCUCCGACAGUACCAACGGCACUGGGGUGCAGGGGGGGCAGCUGCCGGAGCUGAUAUUCUAUGCCUGAGCCUCUCGGGCGGGCUGCCUGUCUCACCCCUCCUCCUGUCCGUAUGGUGGGCCCUAGAGGCCAACAGGAACGCAAGGAAACAGCCCCUUUUCAGCCGGUCACCUGCAGGAUGUGCAGUUGAAUUCUAGUUCCCACCAGCCCUCCCCUCCACUCCCCCUACGCCCCCCCCCCAAAUUACCAGUGACAGACAAGGGAUUUAUUUUGCCCUCACGUGUAAAAACCCCAGAGAUAUGUCCUUGAACGACCCAAGGGGUUAGGGGUAGAUGAAAUGCUACUGAGGCUAAAUUGAAACAAUGAGCUAAUAUCGUUGACCAACAUAAUCACAAGAUAUAUCCCAGUACGUAUGGAUUACCUCACUGUCGGGGCACCAUUAUUGGUAUCCCUGGGCAAGAUUAGCUCAGAGCAGGGAGGAGGGUUGCGGUUCGGGGCAUAUUUUCCAAUCGACCCAUUCAGGGAUCUUAUUAGACAUCUGCUGGAGCAGGUGGAACUUGAACCCCUCCCACCCCUAGCUCAGAGGUAAAGGGAUACUACCACUGUGCUGCAUGAGCCCCUUGUGGUUGGGCCUGGGGAGGGUUAUGCACGUGUUGGGUGUCGGCCAUCUUGCUGCCCUCGCCAGGCGAGAGGGUUCAACCCACCAUCCACCAAUCAGCUCACUGAGAGCUGAGCCGGCAACAUCCCAGCCUAUCCCAGGCCUCGGAGUAAUCCCCUCCCAGCAGACUCUGGCCAAUUGGCCACCCUGCACCUUCUGGGUCCUAAAG